AUGAACACUUUGAGUAAUGGAUCGUCUUCUGCUCUGCAGCUGAGCUACGGAGACGACGUUAGUCGGGCUCAGGGCCGAUACUGGGAAUGCAUUCCCGGUGCCGAGUACUGCGCGACGCACCCCACGAACAUCCCCAAUCUGGACGUCUUCAUCGAAAGCAGCAUGACCACCCACGCCGGAUUGAAACUCCCCUCCGAAGAAGUCACCGCUGGCGACCGAAACCCUACAAACCCGUUCGGUCGGCUUCCAUUCGAGAUCGUUGAGCGCAUCUGUCUCUACCUGCCGGGUGAAUCUCUGAAAGCUUUGACACAGGCUUCGCUGAGUAUCCAGUUGCUCACGCAGGACAACUUCUUCUGGAAGCGUUUUAUGCAGUGGGAUAUGCCUUGGUUUUGGGAAUUGCAGACGAGUCAGACCCAGAAGAAGGCUCCGGAGGAUCUCAACUACAAGCGGCUAUACCUGUGGUUGGAUAACAUGACGACGCCUCGGUACGGCAUGGACGAUCUGAGCGUGAUUGGCGUUGCAAACCGCCGACGUAUCUGGGGCGUUUGUGAGCAGCUGGCACCGCAGUAUCAUAAGGGACUAAACCAAACAUCUGGCGAAUUGCCGCGGUGGGGCGUGUGUUGA